AAAAAUGUUUUUGUUCACUUACCUUAAUUCUCUGUCCAAAACACCUCAAAAGCUAAAGAAAAGGAUGUUAGCAACAUGGACACCAGACCAAGAACUCAACAAAGUGAGACUAAGGUCUGGUGCUGACAUGAAGAGGAAACUUACAUGGUAUGAUUUAGUAGCUCUUGGAGUUGGAGGAAUGCUUGGUGUUGGAGUUUUUGUUACUACUGGACCCGUUGCUCGAAAAACCUCUGGCCCUUCUGUUUUCAUCUCUUAUAUAAUUGCUGCUGUAUCUGCCCUUCUAUCUUCCUUGUGUUAUACUGAGUUCUCUGUUGCUGUCCCUGUUGCUGGUGGCGCUUUUAGUUAUCUCCGAGUUACUUUUGGGGAAUUUGUAGGAUACUUUGCAGGAGCAAAUAUAUUAAUGGAAUAUGUGUUAUCAAAUGCUGCUGUUUCAAGAAGUUUUACAGAGUAUUUGUCAUGUGCUUUUGGUAGGAAUGAUCCAAAUUCAUGGAGAAUUCAUGCACAUGGUUUAAUGCAAGGUUACAACAUGUUGGAUUUCCCGGCAGUUGCGUUGAUUAUUGUCCUCACUAUUUGCUUGUGUCAUAGCACUAAAGAGAGCUCAAUGUUGAACCUAAUGAUGACAGCCUUCCAUGUGGUGUUUUUUGGAUUUAUAAUAAUAGCUGGAUUUUGCAAUGGGAAGGUUGAAAACUUAGUAAAACCAGGAGGAAUAGCUCCAUAUGGUGUUAGAGGGAUUCUUGAUGGAGCAGCCAUAGUUUACUUUAGUUAUAUUGGAUAUGAUACAGUGUCAACCAUGGCUGAAGAAAUUAAAAACCCUUCAAAGACUCUACCUUUGGGAAUUGUUGGCUCUGUCCUCAUUGUAUCUGCCCUCUAUUGCCUCAUGGCUCUAUCUUUAUGCCUUUUGUUACCUUAUAACAUGAUCCCAGAAGGAGCAUCAUUUUCCGCGGUUUUCGAGUUGAUGGGGUGGAAAUGGGCAAGCAAUGUAGUAGGGGCAGGUGCAAGUUUAGGGAUUGUAGCAUCUCUAUUAGUAGCCAUGCUUGGACAAGCAAGGUACCUUUGUGUCAUUGGGAGGGCUAGACUUGUACCUUCAUGGUUUGCUAAAGUACAUCCUACUACCGGCACGCCACUAAAUGCUACCAUCGUCUUAGGUAUAUGUCAAGCAUCAAUUGCAUUAUUCACAGAGCUUGAUAUUGUAAUUGAGAUGAUCUCCAUUGGCACAUUACUAGUAUUUUACUUAGUAUCAAAUGCACUUAUAUUUCGUCGAUAUGUUAUACUUAGCAAAAAUCCACCACUUCACACUCUCUUAUUCCUCUUCCUUCUUUCAUCCACCUCUUUUGCAUUCUCAUUAUCAUGGAAAUUCAAACUACAUUGGUGGAACCUCAUGUUGUUCGCGGGACUUACAUUUUCUGCGACAGUCAUUUUCCAGUAUUUUGUCCCUAUGAUCAUUACGGAACGACAAGAGAGUUGGUUGGUCCCGUUCAUGCCAUGGCCCGCUACGAUAUCGAUUUUCCUAAAUGUUUUUCUCAUGACAACAUUGAAAAUGGUGGCAUAUAAAAGAUUUGGUAUAUGGGCUUGUGUUAUAACAAUGUUUUAUGUACUAUAUGGUGUCCACUCAACAUAUCAUGCUGAAGAAAUAGUGGAAAUGGUUGUUGUUGAUAAUGUGAAUGUCAAUUCUUCCACUCAACAACAAAUUACUAAGGUUGAUAUUCAACUUGUUUAA